GUAAAUUCAUGAUGAGUAUACAUAAAUCUCUAAUUUUUUCAACAGUAAACUUUAUUAGCAUCAGAAAUCAUGAAGAAAAAAAAUAUAUUAAGGAAUGAAUAUAUACCUAAAGGAGAAAAUUCAAGAAAGUAAGUUAGAAGAAUACUAAUCAGAUAACUCUCAAUCUCUGCACUGUUGCUAAGAAUAGCAAAUUUUUUCUCUAUCUUAUAUUAGGACUUGUGGUCUAACUAAGAAUCAGAGACAGCAAUAAUCCUGUCCAAGAACUUCUAUUAUUAGUUCUAGUGGAAGCAAUCAGUCCCAAGCACCUAUAAAUAUGUAACCUCAGGCAUAUUAAGGGAGUAACCUUACCAAAAGAACCAACGAACACAAGAAAGAAAGAACCGACGAUGGCAGCAUACGUGAGGAAAAAAGUUUUUGUGUCUUCCCUGAUGUUUUUUGUAAUGAUUGGUUCCUUGAACGCACAAGUGGCAGACAUAAAAGCGAUCUGCGGGAAAGCGAAAAACCCGUCCUUCUGUUCGAGCUACAUGAAAUCCAACCCAAAGACCUCGGGUGCUGACCUUCGAACACUUGCAAAUAUCACCUUCGGUUCUGCACAAACAAGUGCAAAAGGAGCUUUAGCUAAAAUCCAAUCUCUAGUCAAGACAGAAACCAAUCCUACUUUGAAGAAAGGAUACACCUCGUGCGUAGAGCAGUAUAAGAAUUCCAUCAGCAAUCUCAAUGACGCUAAGCAGAACCUAGCGUCAGGCGAUGGCCCAGGGUUGAACAUUAAGGUUUCAGCAGCUAUGGAAGGAUCUAGUACAUGUCAAGAUAACCUGGCUAAUGUCAAAGCUGAUCCUUCCACUGUGAAGAACAGUGGCGAUUUUCAGAAUAUCUGUGGCAUUGUUCUUGUCAUCUCGAACAUGAUGUGAGAAAGGGCUUGAUUCGAUAUCCCUUCACA